UCUGCCGUCGGCCCACUUUACCUCAUGCGCGAGUUACCAAGCACCACUGAAUUAACAGGGAGCACCAACCUCAUCACCUACUAUAACCUGGAGCAUGCUUACAAGACGUUUUGUGGCAAAAAGGUGAAGGAGAAGCUCAGUAACUUCCUGCCUGAUCUGCCAGGGAUGAUAGAUCUGCCAGGUUCUCAUGACAACAGCAGCCUACGCUCUCUCAUUGAGAAGCCUUCCAUCUGUGGGAGCUCAUUCAACCCCAUAACUGGUACAAUGCUGACAGGCUUUCAUCUACAUGCAGGCCCACUGCCAGAGCAGUGUCGUCUAAUGCACAGCCAACCACCUAAGAAAAAAAACAAGCACAAACAUAAGCAAAGCCAUACCCAGGAUCCUGUCCCUUCAGAAACACCUUCCGAUUCUGAUCACAAGAAAAAGAAGAAGAAAAAAGAGGAUGAUCCUGAGCGAAAAAGAAAAAACAAGGAGAAAAAGGGAAAAAAGAACCGGCAUAGCCCUGAGCACCCAGGUGUGGGCAGCUCUCUAGCCAGCAGCAGUAGCAGUCUCCGGUAAAGUCCUG